AAACCUAAAUGGGAUCUCUCUGAAAAUGUCUUUAACAGAAGUGUUACUCUCGCAGAGCAUAGGUACAAUACUUGCCUUGCUGUUGUUUUUGAUUAUUUUUCUCUUUUCCAUCAGCUCCAGCUCUCAAGAUGAGGGAAAAUAUCCUCCAGGACCCAAACCACUGCCACUGCUAGGGAACCUGCACAUGCUGGACCUCAAGAAAACCUACGUCAGCCUGUGUGAGCUGUCAAAACAAUAUGGGUCAGUUUACACAGUGCACUUGGGCCCCAAAAAAGUGGUAAUAUUGUCAGGAUACAAGACCAUCAAACACGCACUAGUGAACCUUUCUGAGGAGUUUGGAGACCGAGAUAUUACACCCAUUUUCCAUGAUUUCAACCAGGGAUAUGGGAUUUUGUUUUCCAAUGGUGAAAACUGGAGAGAAAUGAGACGCUUUGCUCUCACAAACCUGCGAGAUUUUGGAAUGGGAAAGAAAAGAAGUGAAGAGAUUAUCGUUGAAGAAACCCAACAUUUAAAAGAGGAAUUUGAAAAGUUUAAAGGAGAACCACAUGAUACAACUCUGCCAGUGGCCAUGGCUGUUUCGAACGUUGUCUCUGCCAUUAUCUACAACAUUAGAUUUGAGUACAGCAACACUAAGUUACAUGACAUGGUCAAGCGACCUUACGAAAACAUGAAGAUGACUGGAUCAGCUUCAGUGCAGCUCUACAACAUGUUUCCUUGGCUUCGUCCUUUUGUGGUGAAUCAGCAACGUAUUAUGAAUAAUGUCAGAGAAACAUUCAAAGAAUGUGAGGAAAUAUUAAGUGGUCUGAAGAAAACUCUGAACCCUCGGCUGCCCAGAGGAAUCGCUGAUUCUUUUCUGAUACGACAGCAGAAGGACGAGGAAUCUGGAAAAACAGACUCUUUGUACAAUUCAAAAAAUUUACUAUGUACAAUCAACAACCUGUUUAAUGCUGGUACUGACACUACGGCCACAACACUACGCUGGAGUCUUUUGCUAAUGGCCAAAUACCCUGAAAUGCAAGCCAAGGUCCAAGAUGAGAUUGACCGAGAGAUUAGUGGACGCCAGCCAGUGAUGGAAGACAGGAAGAACUUACCAUAUACAGAUGCUGUGAUCCAUGAAACACAGAGAUUUGCAAACAUACUACCCCUUGGUGCUCCCCAUCAGACCACCUGUGACGUUCACUUGAAUGGAUACCUCAUCAAGAAGGGUACCAGUGUAGUUGCAUUACUGGUAACUGCAUUGAGGGAUAAAAAUGAGUGGGAAACUCCUGACAGCUUCAACCCAGGACACUUCCUAAAUAAGCAGGGCCAGUUUGUCAAAAGGGACGCCUUCUUGCCCUUCUCUGCAGGCCGCAGGGCUUGUCCUGGAGAGAGUUUGGCCAGGAUGGAGCUCUUCCUGUUCUUCACUUCCCUCCUUCAGCAUUUCCGAUUCACUCCUCCUCCUGGAGUGUCUGGAGAUGAUCUGGAUCUCACACCAGUCGUGGGCUUCACCCUGAACCCAGCGCCACACAAACUGUGCGCAGUGAAGCGGUCUUAAAGUUAAUAUGACCUUUUAUUAAACAUUUGCAUUUAUUAAUUUAGGUUUUCAUUGUAAAUACAUUCAAUGUUUAUGGGAUAGUGCCUUUGCUCUUUUUAUGUAAGAAGUGUAUUUGAGAAUAUCUUUAAUAUGUAAAUGUAUUUAUCACAUUCAAGUUAUUCAAAUGUUGUUAUUAAUCCUUAAACCUGAGGAAAAAGUUAGCAUUUAGAUUGCACUAUGGAAAUAUUUGCCUACAGAUGGUUUCUUUAACCAACACGUAAAGAUAAAGAUUGCACUGUAAAAACAUUUUAAAAUCUGUAAGAAAAAGUUAAAUUCUGUCAGUAAAAUACUAUUUCCAAUAAUCAGUAAUAUACUGUAGCAUUCUGGGUAAUAUUUAAACACUAUUCCCUCUAUGAGCUUGGUUUAAGAACAGGUAUUAAUUUUCUAUAUUACUUUACCAUUCAGCAAUUGCUAUGCUAUGUUAAUGAUAUCAAAGCUUUACUUUGCCAAAUCAUACAUAAGCAUUCAUUGAAUUAGCUAGUUAAAGAUA